AUGGCUCGUACCAAGCAAACCGCUCGUAAGUCCACCGGAGGAAAAGCUCCUCGCAAACAGCUGGCCACUAAGGCUGCUCGUAAGAGUGCUCCAGCCACCGGAGGAGUCAAGAAGCCUCAUCGUUAUCGGCCAGGAACCGUUGCUCUGCGUGAGAUCCGUCGUUACCAGAAAUCCACCGAGCUGCUGAUCCGCAAGUUGCCCUUCCAGCGUCUGGUUCGUGAAAUCGCUCAGGAUUUCAAGACCGAUCUGCGUUUCCAGAGCUCGGCCGUCAUGGCUCUGCAGGAAGCUAGCGAGGCCUAUCUGGUUGGUCUGUUCGAGGACACCAAUCUGUGUGCCAUCCAUGCAAUGACUGGCCGAGGCAAGGGAGGAAAAGGUCUAGGAAAGGGUGGCGCCAAGCGUCAUCGCAAGGUUUUGCGUGAUAACAUCCAGGGAAUCACCAAGCCCGCUAUCCGUCGUCUGGCUCGUCGUGGAGGAGUCAAGCGUAUCUCCGGUUUGAUCUACGAGGAAACUCGUGGUGUUCUGAAGGUGUUCCUGGAAAACGUGAUCCGUGACGCUGUUACCUAUACUGAACACGCCAAGCGGAAGACCGUCACUGCCAUGGACGUCGUCUAUGCCUUGAAACGCCAGGGACGCACUCUGUACGGUUUCGGAGGUUAA